AUGGAGUGCAGAAAGUGUUACUUGGAUCUUGUUCUGAUCCCCUUGAGCCUUCUCCUCCACAUCUCCUACCACAUUUGGCUGUGGUACCAAGUCCGAUAUCACCCACUCAGAACCGCCAUCGGAAUCCACUCCGCCGCCCGGCGCUUUUGGGUCCUUUCCGUCGUCAAAGAGAACGAGAAGAAGAACAUCCUGGCGGUGCAAACCUUCCGGAACACGAUCAUGGGCGCGACGCUGAUGGCCAGCACCUGCGCCGUCCUCUGCUCCGGCCUCGCCGCCCUCGUCACCACCGUCGAGCGCUCACCGCUGGCGCCGUCAACGACGCUCCAGUACGUCUCCGUCCUCCUCGCCUUCCUGUUCGCCUUCCUCUGCUUCUCCCUCUCCGUCAAGCUCAUCAACCAAGUCUGCUUCCUGAUCAACACGCCCACCAUGGACUCGGAGUUCACCUGCGACGUGUUGGAGAAGGCGUACAUGUUCCAGUUGCUGGGCAGCAGAGUGUUCUACGCGGCGUUGACUCUGCUUCUGUGGAUUUUCGGGUCGGUUUUCGUGUUCUCCGCAUCCGUCGCCGUCGUCUGCUUGUUGCUGAGCCUGGAUGUGGUGCAUGAAGGAAGAAGAAGAAGGAAGGAUGGCAGCGAGGUCGGCGGUGAUCAGAUGAAGGUGGAUGAUGAAAAGGGCACGGUGGUUUAA